GAUGCCAAAAAAAAAAAUGGUCUUAUUUUUCUCAAAAUCCGGUUUGCAUAGGAAACUUCAGAAGGGUUCCUGCAGUGAAGGGAAUAGCUGCCCCUCUGUCCUAGGAUCUGCUCCUGCGUCCCUGAGCUCCCCGUGGGAUGAGGAGGCUGGGAGGGAGGAGGCUGGGAGGGUCGAGGCUGGGAGGGUCCGCUGCAUGCCGAACCUGCCGGGCAACCCAGCGCUGCUGAGGUUAAAGAUCGCGAAGGGGGCAGGGCAUGCUGGUUUUAAAGUUCUGGUUAAUGACCGUCAGUUACGAUUUCUGGGUGGGGUGUGGGGUCCUUUGCCUCCAUCCCAGCCCGGAGGCCCCCCCGGCCCGAGAGUGGUCACAGCCCACAAGAACAGCGUGUGGCAAAAAUGAGACUUUGCAAGGUGAGAUGUGUUACUCACGCAGAGCUGCGAAGGGCUUUAUAAAUGGAAAGUAGAGACAGAAUUUUCCAAAAUGUUAACUUGUUCCCCACCCCCCAACCUAUAGUGCCCCCACUUUCUUUUUAAACCAAAAGAGCGAGCUAGUGGUUCAGUGAUGGUUCUGAGCUUGUCCUUUUUAUGGAAAGAUUUGGGAGAGUCAGUCCCUCGGGCAAGGCUGGGGCCAGAGAGAGAAAUGGCUCCCAUGCCGGUUAGUCCAGGGGUGAGGAGGGGGCCCUGUAGCCGGAGCAAGUGCCCAGAGCCCCGAGGGGCGGGCAGGAGGUGAGUUCUGUUGCACGGCAGCUCAGGGACACCCUGGAAUCCGGAUGGGGUGGGCCCGGGGCAGCCUCUUGUCACCUUCCUUCUGGGAAGCCUGUCCCCUGGGUUAGUUUAUAGGGAUGCAGAUUAGCUCCAGAUAGGACUUGGCCAAUAGAGGGGAUGAUUAUCUCAAAAUCAAGGAAGAGGAAGUCAUAAACAUGUGACUGACUGGGCUUAUUAGUUUUUCCUGGCUGGGCAUUCGGUGGGAUUAAUUUGUUGGUGUUUAAUAAAUCGUUACGGAUCAGCGUUGUAGGAGAGUCUUAGGCUUUGGAUGCGACUUAGAACUUGGAGCUGAUCGCAAAGGACACUGAUAGAGGGCUGUCUGCGUGCUGAGAUCCUGUAACUUAGCUGUGGCUUUUCUGGGCACAGAUGUGCGACCGCAACGGCGGGCGGCGGCUCCGGCAGUGGCUCAUCGAGCAGAUCGACAGCGGCAUGUACCCGGGACUGAUCUGGGAGAACGACGAGAAGAGCAUGUUCCGGAUCCCCUGGAAACAUGCGGGCAAGCAGGACUAUAACCAGGAAGUGGACGCGUCCAUUUUCAAGGCCUGGGCAGUUUUUAAAGGGAAGUUUAAAGAAGGGGACAAGGCUGAACCAGCCACUUGGAAGACGAGGCUACGCUGUGCUCUGAACAAGAGCCCGGAUUUUGAGGAAGUGACCGACCGGUCCCAGCUGGACAUUUCUGAGCCGUACAAAGUGUACCGCAUCGUACCCGAGGAGGAGCAGAAAUGCAAACUCGGCGUGGCGACUCCCGCCUGCGUGAACGAGGUCUCGGAGAUGGAGUGUGGGCGCCCGGAAAUCGACGAGCUGUUGAUCAAGGAGCCUUCCGUGGACGACUAUGUGGGCAUGAUCAAGAGGAGCCCUUCCCCGCCAGAGCCCUGUCGCAGUCAGCUCCUUCCGGACUGGUGGGCGCAGCAGCCCGGCACAGGCUUGCCGCUGGUGCCGGGGUACGCCGCCUAUGAUGCGCACCACUCAGGUACGGGGCGCUCGGGGCCGGGCGCGGGGCACGGACACUGUCAGGGGACGAGGGCCAGACAGUCCCGGCAGAGUCUGGUGACGCUCAGGACCCCGGCUGUCCUCCUGACAGCUGCCCCUAGGGUUGACAUUCGGGCGUGUUGGUGGCAUUUUCUGGGCACAAAGGAAGCCGGGGUGUCUGCCCAGGAAAGGGAACCCAGCGGCAACGCCGUGGUGAGCCGGGGCCGGCCCAACAAGCUGGAGCGGGACACGCGUGUGCCCAGGUUCUUCGACACCAGCCAGUUCUUCCGAGAGCUGCAGCAGUUCUACGGCAGCCAGGCCCGGCUGCCCGACGGCAGGGCGGUGCUGUGCUUCGGGGAGGAGUUUCCGGACAUGGCGCCCUUGCGCUCCAAGCUCAUCCUGGUGCAGGUGGAGCAGCUGUACGUCCGGCAGCUGGCGGAGGAAGCCGGGAAGAGCUGCGGCGCCGGCUCCGUGAUGCCAGCCCCCGAGGAGCCCCUGCCGGACCAGGUCUUCCGGAUGUUUCCGGAUAUCUGCGCCUCCCACCAGAGACCCUUUUUCAGAGAAAACCAGCAGAUCACCGUCUAAGUGUCUCUCCGGGGCCCCCCACCCGCCAGCGUCUCGCACCUCUGGGUGACAGUCACAGCCGUGGCUCCCCACGGACGCGGGCCCCUCUGCCCCGGGCGGGACGCCGUGCUCGGCUCUCGGCUCAGCGACCGCCUUCGCGGAGGAGCCGGCGUGGAAAACAAAGUCGCGCCACCGUUCCGCCGUUCCGGUGCAAACGUGGGAGACUUACGCCAAAUGGUCUGGAUGCCAUAACUAUAACCCGUGAUUACGGAUUUGUUUUUUUUUUUCCCUGCCUUUUCCCUCCCUAGUUAUCAUUAGUUGCUUUGUUUCUUUCUGCAUUUGGGGCAAAUGGACAUUUCCAAAGACUUGCUGUUCCAUGCUGUCAGCAGACAGCUGCUGCAGGUAAAGGAAUUUGGAGUUUAAAACCAACUUGUGAAAACAGGACUGUUUUUAUACAUUUUUUUAGAGAGUUAUAGAUUUAUGAUUUCAUAUGCUUGAUUCUAUGCAAAGCAUCUUUUUACUUUUAAGCAUCUUGAUAAGAUUUAAAGAUAUUUAGAUGCAAGCCUCCCUUUAAUGAGUGAGACCGACACUUUUCUUAGAAGAAAGUACGUUCUUCCUAGACUUUUUGGUGCCGGGAAACCGCGUGUUCCUGCCCAGGUGAACUGGCGCCUUUUCACCUUCAGACAUUGAAGACUUUCCCGCUGAGGAAGCUUUGAGCUAAAUUUAUUUUUCCAUUUCUGUAAUUAAACCGUUCCAGAUCCUGCUUUCUUUUCUUCUUUCUAAAUGGUUUUGACCUGUUUUUUAAAAACAUUUGUACUUUGAAUCGUCUUAUUUUUACAUGUCCUAUUGUAAACAGCUUUGAAUCUUU